GCGGAAGGCAGGAGGAGUGAAUCCUCUCGCUCCGAUCUGUCGCCCUUUCUGCAGUGCGAGCCCACACUCAGCUUGUCCGCGUGAAGGAAGCUGACACGUUACUUACAAAGUUGAAGGGACACUCAGCUUCCCUUCCUGCUAACGGUCUCUCUCCCGGUGCGGUUUAAUAACUCUGAGCUCCAUCAAAGAACGAGCGACGGCGACGUUUGCCUCCACGGUGGUUUCUUCUUAUUAUGGCUGGUAGUGCCACCAAGACAGUGUACGAGAUUUUCCAAAGCAUGGAGUCCGGGCCAUCAGCACCUUCUAGCACUGCUACUGCACAGGCCUGGCUCGAUCAUCACUCCCGUUCUCUGGGUCUCUUCAUUGAUGGCAAGUUUGUUCGUCCAGCAGAUGGACAGAGCUGCUCCCUGGCUGAUUCUAAAGGUAGCACUGUCUGCAGCACAGCAUGCGCUGAAGAGGCCGAUAUUUCCCAGUGUGCCUCCUCUGCUGUUACCGGCUUCAAUUCCUGGAGUGGUCUGACCUGCUACCAGAGGGCCAAAGUGCUGCUCAGGCUGGUGAGUGUUCUCGGGCAGCACGGCCAAUGUCUCUCAGAGCUGUGUGAGCUGUGUGAGGCCUCCUGCUCGACCUCUACCCUGGUCAGGCUGCUGCAGUACUACAGCAGCUGGGCGCAGCUCAGAGACACACUCAUCACCAACUGGACAGCUCUGGGUGUGGUGGCAGUUGUCACCUCUAAUGACUGCUCUCUCUAUUCCCUUAUCCUCAAAGUCCUACCAGCACUGGCUAUGGGCAACUCUGUGGUGGUCGUUCCUGGUCAGAGCACGGCCCCCCCAGUGCUCCUGCUGGCCCAGCUUUUUACAGGAGCAGAACUUCCUGCUGGGGCUCUUAAUGUGUUAACAGGAAAUGACAUGACACUGGGUGCCAAAGUGGCCCAAAACCACAGCAUCAGCUACGUCACUUACAGCGGCAACAAGCAGGAUGGGGUGGCGCUGUGUAAGACCUCAGCAGGGGUGGGAGUCCCCGUGUCAGUCUCACCGUGCAUAGGCGCCACCUGUCCCUUCAUCAUUUUUGAAUCUGCAGAUAUUAACAGCGCUGUGGACGAGGUGAUAGAGGCCGCUUUCAAGAAGAAGAAAGAGGUCUGCUGGGUGCUGUGUGUGCAGGAGAGUGUGGUGGACAGUGUUGUUGCCCAUCUCAGGCUGCGAAUGGCUGGGUUGAAGUGUGUCACCCUGCCCAAUGAUGCAGACAGGAUCCUGGUGGAUGCUGCUGUACAGGAAGCUCAGCAGCUGGGCGCCACGCUGGUUCAGUCCCAUGCUGAUCCCACUUCAGGUGUCCAGUACCCUCCCACUGUGCUCUGUGGGGUGGCCCCCUCCUCACCGUGUGUGGUCAGCCCAUCUCCAGGACCCCUGCUGCCCCUGAUGACCUUCAGAAGCAACACAGAAGCAGUGACUCUUGGGAACCACAGUCCUCAUGGCCAGGCAGCAUCCAUCUGGACUGAGGACCUCACUUUAGCUCUGGAGACAGCCAAGAGUCUGUCGGUCGGCUCAGUGUGGGUGAAUUCCCACUCCAUCUCUGACCCCUGCCUACCCGUCUCUGGUCACAAAGACAGCGGCACCUGCACUGAUGGAGGACAGGAGGGGCUGUACCAGUUUCUGCGUCCUGCCUCUUCUUCCUCUCCUGUCUCUCACUCCUCCCCCGUCUCUAUGGACUACUCACGGUUCGGAACAGAAGCAUCUCCGGUUAUCAUUCCUGAUGAUUCGGACCCUGCCAGAGCCCCGCAGUCCUACCUGCAGUUUGUUGCUGGUAAAGCGUGUAAAUCAGUGUCUGGCUGCAGUGUGGCUGUGCGGUCACCAGGUGGCGGUGGUGUGUUAGCCUACUGUCCAGAUGGAGGCCGGAAGGACGUCCGUAAUGCUGUGGAGGCUGCUAUCAAAGUCCAGCCAGGCUGGAUGAAAAAGAGCCCCUCUGCACGCGCUCAGUCACUGCACUCUCUGGCCAAGGGCCUCGAGGCAAAGAGGCGGGACUUAGCAGCAUCAAUCAGCAGCCAGACCGGCCUGUCGGUGGAUGAGGCUGAGAAGGAGGUGGAGCUCAGCAUCACCAGGCUCGGUGUUUGGGCAGCUUACUGUGACAAAGUCCAGGGAGGAUCUCUGCCCAUGCCAAAGUCUGGUUCUGCUCUCUCCAUCCCUGAAGCCCUGGGAGUCAUGGGGGUCAUCCUACCUGACAAAAAUCCCCUCCUCUCCAUGGUAACUGUGCUUGGGGCAACUAUCGCCACUGGCAAUGCUGUUAUUAUGGUCCCUAGUCAAAAGUAUCCACUGCCAGCCUUGGCAUUCAUUAAGGUGCUCGAGUCCUCAGACCUGCCAGCAGGCUUGGUAAAUGUCAUUACAGGAAGUCAAGACCAGCUGACUGUGGCUCUGGCUACUCACAGUGUCAUCAAGGCCAUCUGGUACUGGGGCAGUGCUGAGGGCUGUCAGUACCUCCAGUACACCUGCACUAGUCCACUGAAAACCCUGCGCCUGUUCUCCCAAAAGGGCAAGGAAGGGAAAGAUGGAGGGAUGGACUGGACUCAGUGCCAUCCGUCUCUCCUGGAGGAAAUGUGGAGAAAUGCUGUGCAGUGGAAGAGCAUUUGGAUUCCUACAGCAUAAGACCGGAACGGCAGGAAGAAGGAAACAAGUUACAGCUCUGAUAUCAGCCUGGAGCAUUUGACUGCAACCUGAAAAAUCUGACAUUAACUGCAGCUACAGUCAGUCAUCACAGGUCAGACAGCAUGGAUCCAACAGUGGAGAGGGAGGAGUGUUUUAAGAGCGCGUGAGCAAAAUGAGAAAACAAAAGAUUACAUAAUUUAAAUUUUGAGAUUAUGUUCAGAAUGGGUGAGACUCAGUCUGGGUGGAACACUUAAAGCACUUAAUACACAGACAAGGAAUUCAAUGAAGGUCUCAUGUUAACAGUGUUGCUAAUAUUUAAGUUGAUUUUGUUGUAUUUAACCUCUAAAAAUUCUACUAAAAUGGAAAAGUGUGGUGAUGGGUGGUCAUUACACACUUCACUGUGAUAAAAUAUGAAAUAUAAACGGCUCAGUUCAGAAACAGUCAUAAUAGGGGGCGCUCACGAGGUCGUCCUCUGUGAUUAGGAAUGAAUGCAGUUAAAAAAACAGAAUAAUUUUACAGUAUCAAAAAAAUGUCUCAAGUGAAAUAAAGCCUUUAGUUUCUCUUAGAGAAAAACUGCUUUUGACAAUAAAAAGCUCUCGUUCAGCUAAUCUGUGCUGAUUGGUCCCUUAGAAAUUCAUGAAAGGAAAGCAGAAUGCGCCUUUAAUGGCACCUGUUUCCGAACAGCAACUAAAGCAGACAUUAGAAGUGCAGUUGAACCACAACAGAAAUGUGCUUGUGUGUAUAAGAAGCAGCUGGUUUAAGGAGACUGCUAUCAGAGGGGUGUACUAUGAAGGAAAUUCAAUACAGCCAGGAUUUCUUUGUGUUAGCUGGCUUGACAAACCCUAAAGCCCCAGAAGGAGAUAACGGCUACCAUCAGCUUUCUGUUAAUAGCUGCAAAUCCAGCAGUGUAAAAGAGACUUGAUAGCAGAUUAGAAUGAAGCAUAAAAACAUUUUCUGCAUUACUAACUUUAAUAUAUUCCAAUGCACAGCCUGAGUGCGAUUUAACUGGACCGAUAUCACAUGUUGUUCUCGUUGUUCUUUCAUUGAAAUGUCUCAGCUGAAUUUUUCACUUUGCAACUUGAAACCACAGAAGCCUUACAGAUCCUUCAGUGAUGAAAGCAAAAAAUAUCCUGUGUAUCGAUCCAGCUACACAGAGUUCCUGUGCCGUGUGUGUGUUUUGCUGCACAAUAAUACUGUAACUUGUAGCCAUGGAAGAGUGCCAAAACAUUCCUAGUGAAAUUUCAUUUGUUUCCAAGUUCACAUUGUGAAAUAAAACAAGUUUUCAAAUGUGUGUCUUUUCAGAGACUGACAUCUUCUUACUAUAAUGAUCGCAGUAUAUGUAUGUCUAUAUGUCUGUAUGUACUGUCUCCUCCUCUUCCAUUUGUGGAUGUUUCAUGUAACUUAAUGGUCACUAAGAUUUGUAUCUGUGACUGCUAAAAACAGAAUGGAGAAUUUAAAAGAAAGAUUGAAUUUCCAUUGAAAUGGUCAAUAUUACAGCUACUAUUAAAAGAAAAA